AUGUCUUCACUUGGAUCGUCUCCAAGCACUACAGCGAAUGCUAAAACUGGAAGUAUUGAGUUAUACUCUGCAAGAUAUUAUGAAGCUUGUGUUUUCGGCGGACUUAUGGCAUGCGGUCUUACACAUACCUUUGUCACCCCACUAGAUCUUGUCAAAUGUCGAAGACAAGUCGACUCCAAGAUGUAUACCGGUAACUUCCAGGCAUGGGGUAAAAUUGGUCGUGCAGAAGGGUUUCGUGGCAUCUAUACUGGUUGGGGUCCAACCUUCUUCGGUUAUUCAGCCCAAGGUGCCUUCAAGUACGGAGGAUACGAAUACUUCAAGAAAUUCUUUGCGGACGUUGUAGGAGUUGAGAAUGCCUACAAGUACAAGACUGCUCUCUAUCUAGCUGCUUCUGCAUCAGCAGAGGUUAUUGCCGACGUUGCCUUAUGUCCAUUCGAAGCCGUCAAGGUCCGUAUGCAAACAACUGUUCCUCCUUUCGCAAAAGGAACAUUCGACGGUAUCAGGCAAAUCACGUCUAAAGAAGGCUAUGCUGGAUUGUACAAAGGAUUAUACCCUCUGUGGGGACGUCAGAUUCCUUACACCAUGAUGAAGUUUGCGUCCUUCGAGACGAUUGUUGAAAUGAUAUAUGCCCGUCUUCCAGGCCAGAAGUCGGAUUAUUCCAAGGCAGCUCAAACAGGGGUGUCUUUCACUGGAGGAUACCUGGCGGGAAUUUUGUGCGCUGUGGUUUCUCAUCCGGCUGAUGUUAUGGUAUCGAAACUUAACGCCAACCGUGCCCCAGGUGAGCUCUUCGGAGCUGCUGUUGGGCGCAUCUACAAAGAAAUUGGUUUCGGUGGGCUAUGGAAUGGGUUGCCUGUGAGAAUUGCGAUGGUUGGUACAUUGACUGGUUUGCAGUGGAUGAUCUAUGACUCAUACAAGGUUUUCAUGGGCUUCCCUACGACCGGUGGAAGUGCUCCUCCGACCGAAAAGAAGUGA